UUCCUUGUAGAGACAAUAAAGUUGAGAGUUGCUCUCUGGUGAGUUUCAGUCGUCUGCACAAGGGCAGGUUCAGUGGACGCAAUGGGGAAAAUAGAGUGGGCGAUGUGGGCCAAUGAGCAGGCUCUGGCUUCGGGACUCAUUCUCCUCACUGGAGGCAUUGUGGGGGUGGCUGGGCAGUUCAGGGGCUGGCAGUUUGCUGCUUAUUCAGUUGCUGCUGGAGUGUUUGUGUGUCUUCUUGAGUAUCCCAGAAGCAAGAGGUCUAAGGGCACAAGUGUGGAGAGAACGGGCCAAUACUGCUUCACUGUGUGUGUAAAAGCCUUUGGGCCAUUGACAAGGAACUACUAUGUCAGGGCAUUUUUACAUGCUGCGCUAUGUGUACCCGGAGGUUUUAUGCUUGCCACUGUGCUCGGUUGUGUCUGUCUUGGUAUUGCCAGCCUCAUCUACCUUGCAGCAGCUAUCCGUGGUGAACACUGGGAGCCCAUUUUACCAAGGAAGGAGGUCCGAAAACCAGCAGAAAGCAUGAAGAAUCCUCCUCAGAACCCACCUCCAAGACCUCCUCCAGAGAUGCGCAGGAAACGGGUAGAAGACCUGGAGGGAGCAGCCUAUGACAACCCCAUCUCUGUUACUGCCAACGAGUAACCAUUCUGGUGCCCUAUCCUUUUACAAUGUCUUCCUGAAAUUAUCAUACAGUUAAACCCAUCAAAACCAGUCACAGUGUGACGUCAGCAGGUCCUGUGAUUCUGGACAAAUGCCUUUAUACCUCAACCUGCAGAGAAAUGUCUUGAAAACAGAGAAAAACAUUUCCCAGCAAGAACUGAGAAUUCAAAGAAGGAUGGGUAAAGUGAACAUCAUAUUUUACUUCUGAACAAAAAACAUGCCACAGGAGAUAAAUGUAAAUGCUAUAGCUGGUAAGUGGCAACCACAUAUAAAUAUUGUCAAGUCAAACAACUGUACAUUGUAUUUUUACUGCUGUCAUAAAAGUCUAAACCAAAACCUAUUUUCUCCUCCAACUACCAUUCAUUUUGAGAUCUGUUGUGUCCACUGUAUUGAGUUGUCAAGCACAGAUCUCACACCACCCAUAACAAUAUUACAUACUGUAUAAAGUAUAUUACACUGUAUUCUUAACUCUUGUGUAUUUGUGUGUUUUUUACAUCAACAAAUCAUAAUACUGUAGGACUACAGUGUACUCUUUGCUAGUAUUAAAUUGACAAAUUAUCUUUUGGCAGUGCCAUGUAUUACAUUACUGUACUCUGUACUUUUUAUCUCUUGUAAAUAAAUCCAUUGUGCCCACUGAA